AUGGGUGUGAUGGCCGUCGGUCUAUUCAUCACGAUUCUCCUCCUUUUCCAUCAAAUUUCUUCGUCCAUUCAAGAAAGCGUUCAAGUGGAUCUAUUCACAUCUUCGAAUGAUCGAGAUGAGAUUCCGUCUGGUGAUCGUAGUACUUUGAACAGUAAAGAGGAUUGUCCGGAUACCGUCUGCUUGAGAUCUUGUCAAAGCAAAUUGAAUCAAACCCAACAAGAACUCGUCGAGGCCCGAGGAAAAAUCAGCGGACUCGAGAGGGAAAUGGAAGCAAGAGACGGAAAAGCCAAGAUUGGAGAGCUCGAAGGGAAAAUCAACGCGUUGCAGAGCGAGAACUCUGACCUCGAAACCCAAAUAAGUCGAACGAUGACUUUGAUCUUGGAUCUGAAUGGAUGGUCGUAUUUGGCAAAAAGCUCUUCUUGGUACAAGGCUUUCGAUCAAAGAAUGACAUUUGAUCAAGCCGUGGCAUAUUGUGCGAGUCGAAAGAGCCAUUUAGUCUCAAUUCACAGUCAUGAAGAGAACGAUUUUGUUUGGGAACUCGCGAAAACUGUUCAAGCCUUUCAUGGGUUCUGGAUCGGACUGAAGAGAAAUCCGAACAAAGGAAAUGCUUUGGAAUGGACGGAUGGAAGUUCGGUGGAUUUCACGAAUUGGUAUGGAGAAGAGCCGGAUUUGAACACCCACACUUGGCUUCUGAGCUACAAUGGGAAAUGGGGAGUCUAUCCUCCUACCCAGCAGAUUCUUUUGAUCUGCAAAAGGAGCUCUCAAUUC